GUGCAAACGCAGCUCUAGCUGGCAGCUCUUCCCAUACAUAGCGCUGACUACACGGCGGUCACUGCCACCGGGGCAGCUACCCCUAAUGCCACCGCUGAGGGCGCUACCUGUCUGCUAGCUGCGUGCUGUAGGGAUGGCUGCUGGAGGUCUCUGAGCACAGACAUGGGGAGAUCGGGCUGAGAGAGCAGAGUGUGUGACCUGGGCUAUGAGGCAGGACUAGGAUGAUACAACACCAGCUCAUCAUCACACUACUGUAUGCGGGCACUGAGUCUCAGAGGGAUGUCACCAUGCCAAAGAGAUGACACCACUGUGUAAGAAGAUAUGAAACUUCGGAUUAUGCUGAUAACCUGGAUAUAAGCCAUUUCCUGCACUGUGGAGACUAUUUGCCUGUGAUUCAAGAUGGCUACUGUAGUGAACACACAGACUUCGUACCCAGUGUUGCACAGACUGUCAGUCAGAACUAUUGAUGAAGAUAUAGAAAGAAUUGAAAGAACUGAAAAUGGAGCCAGCAGAGCCCAUUCACUGUGUGAGGACACAUCAUCAGAGCUUCAGCAUGUUAUUGCUUUAGAUCCAAGAGGCCUUACUGAAUCCCGCAGGAGCUCUUUCACAGGAAGGGGAGGACUGGCCAGGUUGUCAAGAUUUCUCCUAACGCUGCGGAACUGGGCAAUGAGACACCUGACCCGGGAAGAUCAGCGCCCAGACUCCUUUCUGGAGCGUUUCAGAGGGCCAGAGAUGAAAGAGGUGUCUAGUAGGAACAGCAACACACAUUCUGUUGUAGAAAACCAAGACAGACUCCAGAGAGCAAAUAGAAAGAAGAGAGAAAUAUUUGUCGUUGAUCCAGCCAGCAACUUUUACUACAGAUGGUUAUCGAUUAUCUCGAUACCUGUGCUCUAUAACUGGUGCUUUCUGGUGUGCAGAGCUUGCUUUAAUGAGCUGCAUAAAAAGAAUAUCAUCCUGUGGUUUGUCCUGGACUACAGUGCCGAUCUUCUAUACGUCAUUGACACAAUAGUGAGAUUCAGAACAGGUUUUCUGGAGCAAGGCUUGCUUGUGAGAGAUGCCAAGAAGUUAAAAAACUAUUACACAAAGACUUUGCAGUUUAAGUUUGAUAUGUUGUCCCUAUUGCCAACUGACUUAGUCUACUUAAAAAUAGGACCUCAUUUCCCAGAGCUACGAUUUAAUCGUCUGUUUAGGUUUGCAAGGAUGUUUGAGUUUUUUGACCGCACUGAAACAAGAACCAAUUAUCCAAAUAUUUUCCGUAUUGGGAACCUUGUUCUUUAUAUUCUUAUUAUCAUACAUUGGAAUGCUUGCAUUUACUUUGCAAUAUCUAAGGCCAUUGGGUUUGGAUCUGACACAUGGGUUUAUCCCAAUAUAACUCAUCCAGAAUAUGGACGUCUAGCACGAAAAUACAUUUAUUGUCUUUAUUGGUCUACCCUCACCCUUACCACCAUUGGGGAGACACCACCCCCAGUUAAGGAUAUAGAAUACCUCUUUGUGGUGUUUGAUUUCCUAAUUGGCGUUCUUAUAUUUGCAACCAUUGUUGGUAACGUGGGGUCUAUGAUUUCAAAUAUGAACGCAUCUAGGGCAGAGUUUCAAUCCAAAAUCGACUCUAUAAAGCAAUAUAUGCAAUUCCGUAAUGUGUCUAAAGAUCUGGAAGCCAGGGUGAUAAAGUGGUUUGACUAUCUCUGGACAAACAAGAAAACAAUUGAUGAAAAGGAGGUCAUGAAAAACCUACCUGACAAGCUCAAAGCUGAAAUUGCAAUUAAUGUUCAUUUGGAUACCUUAAAAAAGGUUAGGAUCUUUCAGGACUGUGAAGCAGGUUUACUAGUGGAAUUAGUCCUCAAGCUAAGGCCUCAAGUUUUCAGUCCUGGUGAUUAUAUUUGUCGAAAAGGUGACAUUGGACGUGAAAUGUAUAUCAUUAAAGAAGGUAAACUUGCUGUAGUAGCAGAUGAUGGUGUGACUCAGUUUGUGGUGCUCAGUGAUGGAAGUUAUUUUGGAGAAAUCAGUAUAUUAAACAUUAAAGGGAGCAAAACAGGAAACAGAAGGACAGCUAACAUUCGAAGUAUAGGAUAUUCUGACUUGUUCUGUUUAUCUAAGGAUGACUUAAUGGAGGCUCUGACAGAGUACCCAGAUGCUAAAACAGUGCUAGAAGAAAAAGGACGACAAAUCCUUAUGAAAGAUGGUCUCAUUGAUGAAGAGGCAGCAAAGGCAGGGUCAGACGCAAAGGACAUAAAUGAAAAAGUCGAGAAGAUGGAGACUGCUUUCGACAGUUUACAGACCAGGUUUGCCAGAUUACUAGCUGACUAUAACUCUACUCAAUUAAAACUUAAACAAAGGAUUACUAAAGUUGAGAAAAGAAUAAAGAAUUAUAGCGUGGAGUACGUGUCCGAAGGACCGGACAGCGGAGGAGAAACAGACAAUGCUAAGCCCAAAGACAAUGAUAAAUAAACAAUUGCAUACCGAGAUUUUUUGAUACUUCAAAUUCAAUUGAAGACUACAUUUUAUACAUUCUUUCUAUUGGACUGCAUAGGAUCUCUUAUUCUGGCAGCUUCAGCAAAUUCUGAGCUUAUACGAGGGCAAAACUUUUUUUUAUAUAUUUAAACUUUUUCAAUAAUAUAUUUUUGUACUCAAGAGCUUUUAGAGAUCGUUAGACAAUAAAAUGGCACAAACAAUUUCUCAAUACUUUUCAGAUGUUAUUUGGUGCAAGAUAGAGUAGUUGCAGAAUCAUAUCUUCUAGAUUUUUAUUUAAAAAAGUUUAUUAAUUGAUAAUUGCUCUUGGUACAUUCAUGUUAUUGGAAUUCAAAAUAACAUUUCUGACAUACUGAUUUUGCCCUUACACUGUACUGACACGUUAUAGACUCACAUAUGAUACCCAAGUUCAAUAAUUGUACAAGACAUUUGAAUUAUGCGGCAGAGAUGGAUAUUAUAGCAUGUGUGUGUCUCUUUGUAUCAGGGCCAUAGGGAGGAGUGUGUGAGUGGUGCCAUCACCCAGGUCACAGGGAUCUAGUGGAACGCCACCCAUGGCUGCCCCACCCAUGGCUCCUGCACCACCUUGACUUACAGGAUGCCUGGAACACCUUGACUUACAAGAUGCUGCUAGGAUCACUGAUGCAGACCUGCUCAGAGCAUCCUAUGGACACUUGGGGUAUACUGUACUCCCAGCUGCUGAUAGCCCCAUGUUGUCUGUGUGACAUCCUGCUCUGUCACUGCUUUGUACCUGCAACAUUUCUAAUGAAUAUAGAGUUCUAUGCAGGGGUGUAUUAACAGAGGAGAGGGCUCAUGUGUAGUCCGGGCCACCUCCUCCUCUCUAGUCGGCGGCGCAAGUGCGUAGACUGUGCAUGCACGCCUCCAGGAACAUGGCACCCAAGACAUGUUACCAGUCAUUUUUCUACUGUUCAUGCACACAUUGCCAGGAAAAUGGCUGCUGCGCCAUUUUCUCAUUGAUUUGUGCAGCUCUACUGCUGCUGACAUGGGACUCUGGAGAGAAAAGGUUUCAACAUGGGUGCAGGGUGUUGAAGUGUGUGCCCCCCUGAAUCCAUGGCCACACCCUGCUACCCAAUAAAUAAAUAAAUAUAUAUAUAUAUAUAUAUAUAUAUACACCACUAUUUCUAAGGUGGUUUUUCAAACGUUAUACUGUACAAUCCAGCUGGAAUUUAAAACUGGAAUUACAGUGAGGAUGGCAAGUUACAUUAUCUAUUUCGUGCGUUUAUGUUACAAGAAUAUACCUGAUUGCAAGUGAGGCUUGUUUAAACAUUUCUAUUCAUUAAUGACACACUAAUAUGAAAAUAUUAAAGGGCUUUAUUACCCACAUUGUCAUUUACACAAGUUGUACUUUCAGACCUCACUGUUAAAAUGCCUCUUCACUCCAGAAUCUUUAAUAUAUUUUAGAAAUCAGUAAGCUCUUAGUCUUCAUUUGUAUCAUGUUUAUGUGGACCAGUUUGUAUUCUCAUUAAAACAAUUUAGAA